AACAUUAUCUGAUACAAAUGACAAAGACAUUAACCUUAGUUCUUCAACCAUUCAGUAUUGCAUUCAUUAUUUUAGCUUUAGUAAUAAAUCACUGGAAUUGUGGUGGAUUAUUUACAUCAUGUUUCAGAAAUUAUCAAACAAUUUCAAUAUUAUUAAUAUUAUUCUUUUUUCUUGGUAUAGUAUUGUUAACUAUUGCAUUUAUUCUAGAUUUAAUAACCAUUUGUUCUGAAUCACUUGAUUUAAAUGCUUCAUAUUUUACGAUUCGAUUCAUUAUAUUAAUAUGUGGUUUAAUGAAUAUUCUUUUAGCUAUACUUAUUUAUUCAUUACAUUUAGAUCGUCAAUUUUCUCGAUUAAUAUGUACAGUUGGCAUUGUAUUUGCAGUACAAGUUGCCUUACUUAAUUUAGUAUUAUCUUCAUGUAUUCAUAGAAAUCAACAUACUGAGUCAAUAGUUAAUUGAAUGGAUAAUAGUCAUAAAAGUAUUAUAUGUAAGUUAUUCUGUUUUUAUGUUGAUAAUACAUUCCAUGAAUUCUCUUUCAAGUUUUAAAGUUUCAUAUUUAAACUUAUUGCUUACAUGUUGUUUUUUGUAACAACUAUCUGGUCCUAGUUUAUACUUCAUUUGAGUGAAUACACUCAUAUCAUUCAUAUACUAAGAACUUAACUUAUCUAAAUAAUUAAAUUCAUUCAUGCUCUUUUGUUUACAUUUGUCUUUAUAAUAUAAACCUCUUUCCGUAAACAAAGUAUAUCUUAGCUGAUUUCAGACUAUCAUGAGACAUUCAGACACCGUCUCAAAAAUGAAAACUGUCUCUUACCGAAACUAAUGAUUAGAUUGAUGUGAUGUCCUCUUUUUUCUUCCCUGUCCUCUCAAUUCUUUUACUCAGUCGUAGAUACUUCGCUUGCACCUAACUUUCAUCAACUCAUCAUGAUCUAUAGGGUUAAACAAAAUAAGAAUAGAACAAAUCGGUUCUAGGUAUUCACAAUGAAUCGAGUUUAUACAUAAGGCCAGUUACACUCAGCGUACAAUCUGGAACAAAUGUGUACCACCCCAAGUUCUUAGAAAUAAGAUAUUAAUGUUGUUAUUGUGUAACCUUUUAAAACAAGAUCAGUUAACUGAGUACAGAUGAGAUAAUAAGUAAGGAUGAACGAUUAGUAUCAAGCGAAGAGUUGUGUUGUAUCCUAGUAAAGAUUAAGUUACGGGUAACUUUUGUGAACUUUUAAUGGACUAAUAUUAUCUAUAUAUUCUUAUGGUAUAACUGUUCAGUAACUAGAUUGUGUAUAUCUGUUUUCCUCUUAUUAUAAGCUUCCAUUUGACCUAUAAAUUAUUAUUAUACGAUUUACUGUUCUUAAAUUAUACUUAGUUUAUUAAUUACAGUCCCCCAUGUUCAUAGCCACUUUUUGGCUUGAUCUUGUACAAAUAUUAUUUCCUAUUUUAUGGUGUAAUGUGGUCUGUUUGUCUUGUAUAUAAACCAAGUAUGUUUGAAAUAAAUGAUUCGUAUAGUGGGAGUUGGUAUUGGUGUUCUGAACUCAACUGGCAGGGCUAGAAGGACGAAGGACCAAUAAGGGCACUAGUUUGCUCAUAGCGGUCAAACUUUACCAGUUUGACACAUUACUAAGAUUUUAUAAGUCGUAUAUCGAUUGACGAAUAAAUCAUGCGAUAAUUAGCCGGGCUUAAAGUCAUAAUUUACUUAAUCAACAUUUAUGAAAUUAACCGGAUGAAAAACAAAGGAAUCGAAUUAGCGGUAACAUCAGAAAUAGCGAAAAAAGGUUCAGAAUUGAAAAAUGAAGUUAGAGACGAAGUGGAUAAUCACUUAUGUUUUAAGUGAUCUCUAUUAAUUUGUCUAAAACAGAUACGAAAAGGAUGAAUAAAAAGUAGAAAAGAUUGCCCAGGACAGGGUCGGAUGGAGAGUGCUGGGGGGCGACCUAUGCUCUUCGACGAGGAGUAACAGGCGUAAGUAAGUAAGUAUUAGUGUGCUAUAUUUUGUGCAUAAUUGUGCUGUUUUAUUUCAUAAAAUCGAUUCUGUUCAACAAUCAGUUUGUCUUUUAAUAUCAUUUCAUUUAAGAGUUGGCAUUAAUAAUUCUUUCUUAAGAUGAUCACGUCGUACCUUUGUACAUUAUACUUAAAAUUUCAAUAACUCUAAACGUGUUCAUCAUACUUCAAAACUAUCCUACUUUAGUGAUUUGGAAUAAAACUGAUUUAUAAGGGUUGUGAAUUGAACUAAGGAUUGAUUACUGCUACUGAUCUAAUUGUUUGUUAUGAUUACGGAAUAACUUCUACCUGAUACUCAAUGAAACGUAACGAGAGUGGUUUAUCAAUAUACGAAAGGAAACAAAUGUAUCGAAGAAGAUUACUCUACUCACGGGUCACUAAUUAAAAGACACCCAGAACAGUAAGUAAUAAUAGUAAAUAUCACUUGGUAUUGUCUACUUAAAUCUUCUCACUAUCCAUCUUUGCUUAUAAUGCUUGUGAAUUAAGGCAAUAUCGAUGCAUUACGCACAGUAUACACAUAUGUCAAUAAGAGACUGAUCAAUUGCAGUCCUAAACAUUAAUGGAAAGGUUCAAGUAAACGAUAUCAAGUGGAUUUAAACUUCACCCCAUUGCACAAGCAGAUAGCUAUCAGGAGUCAGUAGCUAAGUGGAUAAAGCGAUGGCGUUUGAAGAGAAUGGUACUGAGUUUAAGUCCCAGAGUGGACAUCAACUCUGAGAUGCAGGUACAUCCAGAGUCACAAAAAGGACGAAAUGUGCGUCCUGGAUUCCACUGCUAGCCACUAUCCGUCACUGCUUAUGAUAAUAAAUAUCGUUGUAUAUGUCUAAUCAGUCAAUCAAUUUUGGACUUAUAAUUAAUCAAUAGUCUAUUAUGUGCAUAUACUUACUUGGCUGAUAAAUAUAUUAUUCGUCACUAAAUUAUGUUUAUUUUCUUAACACCUUUCCCUACAAAAAUAUAUUUGAACUUCAACUAGACAAUUGUUUAUCCUUUGUGUUUGUUUAUACAUGUUUGGCAUAGGUAUAAAAUAUCAGAUAGAUUAUCUCAUUAAAACUUAUACUUGUGAAGUAUACAUUUAUGUAAAUUACCCUAAUUUUUAUGGUGUUAGAAUACAUUAGAAUAGAGGUCUGGAAGACUAUAUAGUUUACAUGAUUUGUAACGAUACUUAAUCUAUACGACUUUGUUUUCGUGUAACAUUCUCAGGGUCAUUAUCAUUUUCACAGCUGGUCAAGUUAUUUCUCAUUGAUUAUGGAAAAUGCUACACUGAUAUAUAUAUAUAAAGUAAGUAAUAUAUAUACUGAUUCUCCUGUGUCAAUUAUCCAGUCUUCAGCCGAUGCUGUAGAGUUGAUCGCCUUCAUGUUUGCCUUUCAUAUGUUAGGAAAGGCCGGCGUGACUAUUUGACAGGCCAUCUCAGCCAUGAACUUGAAUAAUAUGAGUGCAUGAUCGCUUCUCCCUAGAGGUGGUAGGAAAGCCAUUCAACUGACAUCAUCACCGAGUGAAGACUAAGUCCAAGAGAGACUAGGAGCUUCAGUCAUAUCUGAUGGGAUCUCUAAUGUGUUGUAAUAAAGCUUGUGCAAUCGAGGUUUCUAACAGUUUGCAAUCAAAUGACGUUGUCGAUGACCCUGUUUCUAAGUUCGCCCGGUUUAUAUACGGUGCAUUAAAGUCUCUUACUAUAAGGCUUUUACCCCUAUUGCACUAGGACUUCAGUUGGCUUAGGAAGAAUUCAUCUACCACUCAUUCUAGACUGCGGUAUACUACAACUAAUUCAAUAUCUUGCCGUUUAUAUUUCAACCUGCAACGCACCAGCUUACAUAUCCCUGGGUCGUGUGCCACUGUCUCUACAGCUCGUAUGCUUAAAGUACUUUUCGUGCAAAAGAUAACCCCACACCCCCCACGGUUUGAUCUAUCAGCGCUACUGGAUAAAAUACCAGUCAACUGGAUUUCAUUAUCAAACACUUCUGACGUUAACCAUGUUUCUGAGACAGCAGUAAAACCCGGUUUUUCUAUAUGCACCAUUCUCUUGAGCUCCGCCACUUUAUUUAGUAAGCUGCGAGCGUUUGUGUACCACACCUUUAAUUUUGUGGAGAACUUUCUCCUACCACCCAGAUUGGUUUGGGGAUCAUUUUUCUUCGAACGUUUGCAAUUUGAAAACCUUAAGUACUAGGUUUCUUUCACCGUUUCGGCGGCGCUCAUUUAUUCUUACUUCUGUCGAUCGUCUCUUAAUACGGUCAACUAGGCUGAGAUCUUCAUGGACGUAUAUUCCGGAUCCAGUCAUUUUGCAUGAGUUUUACAGUAUCAGGUUUCUUUCUUCGGCCGAAACAAAGGUAGCCUUUGAGAGGAGGCUCGUCUGCGUGCUUUCGGAAUCCACCUUCUGUCCUAUCCUAUAAAGCUUACAGACGCUAACUCGUGAAACUGUUUCUGGAAGCAGCUCGCUUAUUAAGGACUUGAUGUGACCGAAGUCGUGCUCAAACCCAGCCCCCAGUUCCUUUUCAGAAGAGUCUCUUAACACUGGGAAAUUUUAAUUCCUGCAAUCUGAUUCCGAUUCGGCAUCAAACGCAGAGGUCUUACUCUGUCUACUUACUUUUCUUUUUUUAGGUGUAAUUGUAAGCCAAUCAUUUACCUUAUUUUGUCUCUUGAUCACAUCCUCUACACCACUCAGACUUUACUCCCUCCCAGUCUAUUUCGCGUUGAUAUGUGAAUCCGGAACUGAAACCGUAGAUCCACAUACCUUAGUGCUGCCUAUAAUUUGCUUCCUCUUAGCGUGCUUUUUCCUUUUCCAUGUAACAAUGCCUACAUCUGUGUGCUUGUUAUCCGCUUCUAUAACGGUCCAUCUUGAUGUUCUCUUUCAAAUCUAAAUUUGGGCUCAUGAUAACGCUCUCUGUUUCCUCGAUAGCUGAAUUCUGCUCAUCUACUGCUUCCUGUUUAUCUGAGGGCAAUUUUCUAGCUAUGUUCAACAGCUGAAUCGCCUCAAGAAUCAGCAGAGACUUUAUAGAACAGCAUGCUUUUCACAGCCAACCUGAUCGUGACUUGCAGCACCAUUUAUAUGCAGCCGGUGUGAGUCCGGUGCACAUAUUGUGAUACCAGUUAUUGCAGUUGUCACAUUGUAUUCCAUCAUCAACCGGGAAAUAACAUGCAGGGCUGCGACAACAAUGUUUUACUUGCACCAUAAAAUUGUUUAGUAAUCUCACAGGAAGAACAACGAAAACUGAUCUCUAGAAUAAGUGUCUUUUAAGGCUAUGUAGGUGAUAGACGUUGAAUAUUAAAAAAAACAGAGGUUUGUAUGCUACUGUAACUAACAUAAAUAAUAACAAAAAAUAUCUGACUUAAGUAGAUACAAAAAGACUUUAACACCUUUAGAUACAAACAAUACUAAAUGAUAUACUCAGUGAGGAAAAAAAUCAAUAUUUUUUUGUAUCUGUACUCAAAUAGUACAGAUGAUAAAUUUAUUUUAGAGGAAAACGAUAGUCUUGGAUACAACUUUAACUGAAAUAAAGUCAAUUAAAGUAAAAAUAUUAGUCUUGAAUCGUAAUUAAACGAUCAAUACUAUAAAAUACAGUCAGAGGAAAAAACCACUCUCCUUUCUAAAUAGCGCAUAAUGUGAAACAACAUUUAGCUUACGGUAGUAUUAAAAAGAGGUUAAUGCAAUGAGACGAUGAAGUUUAUCAGAAUUAUGUGAUAUAUUUGCGCGAUACAUUUCGAACAAUC